UUUAGGAAAUUAUUGAGGGAAUACCACAUAAAAGAGGGGUAUCAGUUCAAAUUUUUAAAGAAUGAGUCUAAGAGGGUGACUGUAAAGUGUGCACUUGAUUGUGGCUUUAGACUUCAUGCUUCUCCCAUGUAUGAAGAGAGAUCCUUCCAAAUUAAAAAGAUAGAUCAAUAACAUUCAUGUACCAGGACAUACACUAAUAAUAAUGCAACCUCAUCUUGGCUUUCCCAAAGGUACUUAGCCAAAUUUAGUGAUGCCCCUGAGACUAAGGUCAGUUCAAUGAAGAAAACAAUUAGGAGGGAAUGGUUGUUGAAUGUUUCAGAGAACAAAGUGUAUAGGGCAAAGAGAAAGGCACUUAAAUUGAUAAGGGGAGAUCAUAGAGGGCAAUAUGCCAGGUUGUGGGAUUAUUGUGAGAUGGUUAGAAUACAGAAUCCAAGUAGUACUGCUAAAAUUAAGGUGGAUACAGAAUCCUUGCCAAAGGGAGGACCAGUGUUUGAGAGGAUUUUCAUAAGUUAUGAUGGACAGCUGAGGGGAUUUCUAUCAGGUUGCAGACCUAUAAUUGGGUUAGAUGCCUGUUUUUUAAAAGGUUCCUUUGGAGGUCAAUUGAUGCAUGCAGUUGCAAGAGAUGCCAACAAUCAGAUGUUUCCUUUAACAUUUGCUGUUGUGGAGUCUAAAACAAAAGCUAGCUGGACUUGGUUCAUGGGGUUGCUGGUAAAUCUGAUAGGAGAUCCAGAGGAAAGAGGAUGGUGCUUUGUCUCUGACAGGCAGAAGGGCUUGAUACAAACAUUUGCAGAGUUCUACCCUAAUGUUGAACAUAGGUACUGCAUUAGGCACAUGUACUCAAAUUUCUCAAAAGUAUACAAGGGUAAAGAAUGGAAAGACCUAAUGUGGAAGGCAGCAUCAGUGUACACAGUUCAAGAGUUUAAGUACCAUAUGAAUGCCAUUAAAGAAAUUGAUGAGGGUGCAUAUGAGUACUUGAUGAGUGAAGACCCUAAGACAUGGGCUAGGUGCAUGUAUGGGUUAAUGUCAAAAUGCAAUAGAAUGGACAACAACACUAGUAAAGCAUUCAAUCAAGCAAUCAAAGAUGUAAAGGAUGAACCAAUUCUGACCAUGUUGGAAAGUAUUAGAAGUUAUCUCAUGACAAGGUUGCAAAUUAGGAGGCAAAUGUGCAUGGGCUGGGAGGGUACCCUAUGUCCAAGGAUUAGGAGAAGGGUUGAGAAAACUUGUAAGCUGAUGGGGGAAUGCCAGGUUAUUUACAGUGGUGAUAAGAUUUAUGAAGUAAUGACUACACUCAGGACAUUUGUUGUGGACUUAAAUGAGAGAACCUGCACAUGCAGGAAGUGGGAUGUGUGUGGGAUACCAUGUCAACAUGGAAUGGCAGCAAUCAUCACUGACAAAUCUAAUCCUGAAAACUUUGUUGAUGAGUGCUUCCAUAUUAGUACUUUUGCCAAGAUAUACGACUUCACCAUCAAGCCAAUUCCUGACCAAACAAUGUGGGUUCGUAAGGACUUAGAUCCUAUAGAACCUCCUCUUUUUAGGGUCAAGAGUGGUAGACCAAGAAAGACUAAGAGGAAAGGGCCUGAUGAACCAAUGAAUCCAACAGGAGGUCCCUCAAAAGGAGUCAAGAAGUAUUACGCAUGCCUCAAAUGUAGAAUUUGCAAGCAGCCAGGCCACAAUUCUAGGACAUGUCCUCAAAAACCAAGCACAACUGUUGAACAAGAAAUGGCAAUGGCAGAGGACUUGGAAAUGAUAAUGGCAGAGGAAAUGAUAAUUGCAGAGAAAAGAGGACUGGUUCCAUGCACAAGUACUGGAAGGGAAAAGGACAACAACACUGGGAAUGGUAGGGGAGCAAAAGUAGGAAAGACUGGUCCUAGUGGAGGAAGAGGAACAGGAACAAAAGGUAGAGGGGGGAGAGGGAAGGUUGGUGGUAGAGGAGGUGGUGCAAAAAAAACUGGUAGAGGUGGCACAAUGGUGGUUGGAGGGACUGGUAGAGGUGGUGACCCUGCUCCAAACAAAGGACAAGUGGUGGUUGGAGGUAGAGGGAGAGGUGGAAGCACUCCUGCACUUCUUGGAGUUGUUAUCAAAGAGAGAUGUCAACAAAAUGGUGGACGCAAUGGAAAAUGUCAAGAACCAACUAUUGGGAAAGGUAAAGCACCAGUUAUUGCAAAAGCCAAAGUGCCAAUUCCAAGGUUUGGAGGUGCAGAAAUUGUUGCCCCAAGGGUUGGUCUACCAAACCCAUAGGGAUGGAGGAGAUCCACUAGGUUAGGGAAUGCAGUUUUUUGGAGUCAGCUAUCAAGUUCUUCUACUGCAUCAUGUGCAAGUGCUAGUGGAAGUGGCAGUGCCACAAUGCCAACCACUCCAAUCCCCAGGCUGGACUCCCAAGGAGCAACUUUAACCCCAAGUUCAACACAGAAAUCUGGAAUUUGAAUAUGGUUUAGGGAAUGGUUUAGUUAGGAUGAAAUUUCCCAAUGUGUAAUGGGUUUGUUGUACCUAAUGGAACAAGUACUUUCUUUUUGUUGGUUCCCAGUACUGACUGUAAAUAUUUGUGGUUUCCAAUACUUUAGCUUGGUUGCCAUGGCAGUAAGUUGGUUGCUUUACUUGAACAAGUAUUUUUUGUGUAAUCUUGGAAUGUAAUGUUGCCAAUGGUUGUAAUGUCAGUACUGAACUUGUUUUGGCAGUAAGUUGGU